AUGAGGAAAGAGGCUCCAUGGACAUUGGGUGACUCGCCCAAGGUCACACACCAAGAUUUAGGGGCAAAGGGUCCCCAGUGAGUGCCAGGUUGUUGGCCCCCUUUCCUAUCAGACAGGUGGGGAGACCUAUAUGGGAACACAAUGGGGAGAGUGAGGGUAAGAGAUCUAGGGCAACAAGCUCCUAAAACCUGCAGAAUCGAAAAAGACCUCUGUCCCUUCCAGUCCUCUGAUUUUUCUAGCCCUGAGCAGGGGGAUCGUAUCACCAGAAAAAAUGUGGGAGGGGAAAGAAGAGCAUCAACUUCAGGGUGACAACACUCGCGUUUUCGAAAAGCACUAGAAGUGAGAAGGAAAAAUAGUCUGGCUGAGAAGAAACUACAUCUCCCAGAAUCCCUUGGGGCUCCGGGGCUCACAGAAUUUAAUUGACAUCACCAACAACCAAUCCGAAGGUCAAGAGGCAGAACUUCCUGUUUCUAUUGUUAUCCUUCCCCAAGGCACGUUUUGGAAAAACCUCGGGAAAUGUCAGAAAGAGAGGCGGAGCAGGCGCCCCAGGGGGCUGGGAUGCAGAUCUCUAGCCCUCCUGCACUUGGAGGCCUAGGCAGGACUCGCUGUCCAAUGUGCAUGGAGCUUUUUAAAGUCCCCAGGAUCUUGCCAUGCUUGCACACGUUUUGCACGACCUGCCUAGAACAGUUGGAGCCCUUCUCUGUCCUGGUGUUGCGACCACUAGACCCAGGAAAAACCUCAGAGGGUGCAAGGCUCUGGGAUAAGCAGCCCCAACAGCUGGAGCCACAGCUUAGCAUCCUCUGUCCAGUCUGUGAUACAGAGGUUGAUCUGCCUCCUGGAGGAGUGAAGGCCUUAACCAUGGACCACCUGGCUAUAGAUGAGGUGCUGCUACAAAAUCUGCAGGAGGACACUCCAGGUGUGGUGUGUGAUCUGUGCAGUGACAGGGAAGUGGAGAGCCGAUGUCUCACCUGCAAGGUGAAUCUCUGCCAGUUCUGCAGCCAGGCUCAUAGGAGGCAAAAAAAAACUACUUCCCACUCUGUCAUGCCCAUGAAGGACCCAAAAGGAUAUAGCCAGAUUAAGAGGCCAAUUAUGUGUUCCAUCCACCGUGCCAAGGAGCUGAACCUAUUCUGUGAGCAGUGUGACCAGCCAGUGUGCCGGGACUGUGUGCUAGGUGACCAUAGGGAGCACACCUAUGACUUGAUAAACAACGUUAUCCACAAGCAUGGGAACUCCAUGUGGGAGCUCCUUCACAGCACCCAGCCCCACAUGGACACCUUAGAAAGAGCGCUGGCCCAGAUCGAGGGUAUGGGCAGUGCCCUCCGGAGCCGCAUGGAUGCGCUGUCCGCCGACGUCCAGGAAUUUUGUGAUGGCUACAUCACGGCUAUCAGAGAACACCGCGAUCAGUUGCUGAAGCAAUUGGAAGACCUCCGGAUCCAGAAGGAGAACUCUCUGCACCUCCAGAAGCUCCAGGUGGAGCAGCUGCUGGCAGACCUGAGGACCGGAGUCGAGUUCACCGAACGCCUGCUGAGUAAUGGCUCCGACCUGGAGAUCCUUAUCACCAAGGGGGUUGUGGCGAGCAGGCUGAAGAAACUCAAGAAAGCCGACUACAAUGUUGGCCCCGGGGAGGACGACGGCAUCUGUUUCUCCCCACAGGAGAAGGCUGGCCAGUGUGGUGGCUAUGAAGUGUUUGGGGCCAUUCUCACGAAAGGGGUUGAUCCGGCCAAGUGCCUUCUCCAAGGGGAAGACAUCCACAAAGCUUGGGAGAAGCAGCAAGUCACUUUCACCCUGCUCUGCAGAGAUAUUUUGGGAGAGCACAUGGACAGAGGAGGAGAGCACAUCCGAGUGAGCGUCAGCCAUAAAAAUAAGAAGGACUGUGUUCUUAAGACGAUGGUCCAGGAUAACAACAAUGGGACUUACACCAUUUCCUUUGUCCCUGAGGAGCCCGGCCCCUACACCGUGUGCGUCUGUGUCAGAGGGCAGCACGUCCAGGGCUCGCCAUACAAAAUGAUGGUGAAGAGAAAGUUCCGCCAGCACCAGGGCGUCUUUCAUUGCUGCUCAUUUUGUUCCAGUGGGGGCCAGAAGAGUGCCCGGUGUGCCUGUGGAGGAACCAUGGCAGGUGGGUACCAAGGUUGUGGACACGGACACAAAGGUCACCCGGGCCGCCGUCACUGGUCGUGCUGUGGGGCGACAGAGGAGAAGUCGGCCUGCUUGUGGAAGGUGGAAGCGGAGAGUUCCCAGAGAAGCCUGGUCAGGACAGUGGCACUCUGAGUUAUCUGAUGAUGAAAAGGCCAAGUUUGCAUGAUUGUCACUUAGCAGGAAAUCGCCAGGCCUUGUGGCAGAGCUGCUGAUUGAUUCUGAAGAAACCACUACAAUAAAUGUGCCUUAUCUUACCAUCUAGAACAGUGCAUCUGUGUGUUCCUGAGGUGAUGGCCCCCGAAUGAAGCUUCGGACUAGGUGGUUUUGUGUCACUGUCACAGUGUCUCACGGCGUGUCCCUCAUUACAAGGGAAAGGCCCCAUGGAUUCAUAGCCUGGCAUGUUAUUACCACUACUGGCUAAAAGCCAAGGUGUGUUUCUUGCCGAUGGCAGAUCGACAGUAUCAUCUUCAUCUACAAAGAGGCUGUGCUGCUAGAUAAUAAUCACGAAAAAGGAAAUUUUCCAAUCUAAAUAGAGCUUUCCUUUCCAUAGCUACUACUUUCAGGCUAGUAGAGUUGUCGUUCAGUCAUUUCAAUUGUGUCACUCUUUGUGACCCCAUUUGGGGUUUUCUUGGCAAAGAUACUGGAAGU